AUGUUUAGUUCAAGCCUUGUUUCAAGAUCAGCUUCUUCCUAUUCUUUGAUCGGUGAAUACGUUGGCAUGGAGAGUUGCUCUGGUGUCGGCAUUGAUAACCAACACCAAGAGCUUUGCUGCGGAGGUGGCAGUGUUAAGGAUCCAGAAAAUCGGGGUAGGAAGAGGAAGAUUAAUUUUGAGAGGGAAAUUCCGCCGCCGAUACCCUCGCUUGCUAGCGCCGAGAAUCAGCCGUGGCAGUCGCUUUGGGUGCUUAAAAGGUAUUAUACUAGCGACGGACGGUUGAUUCUCAGGGAAGAAAAAGUGAGACACCAUGAAUAUUUACGAGCUCAUCGAUCCAAUGGUCGUUUAACGUUGCAUCUCGUGAUGGAUUGCACCCACGACAUUGAUCAUGUAGAAGCAAACGAGGCUCAAGUUCAACUCGAUGUUAAAAACAUUAAUAACGAUGCCCAAGGUGGUUCAUAA